UGGAAGCAGUGAGAAAAGAUAAACCUCGCUUUUCAGAUGUAUGGAAUCUACAUCUAGCCGCCCGAAUUCGAGCGCAGAUGAGGUCCGUUUUGACAGUACUCCGAUGACCUCGAGAUACCCCAAGCCAUGCCAAUGUCACGGUCCACAGGACGUAAGGUUCGCAAGCGUGGAAACCAAGCCCUUAGAUUCCACAUUCAACCCGAAUUAGACCACAGAAACAGAAUCGAUUACAGUAGAACAAGCUAUCCAUCCAAGAGCCAGUCCACGCGACGUCGAGUCGCUCCUGCGCACGUCACAGUCAAACCCAGCGCCCAGGGAUCCGGGGGUUAAAAAUUCAACGGCUGCGGUCAAGCUAUAUAGCCGGGAGCCCAGUCCGCGCCGAUGUCGACUCGGUUAGUUAGCGCAUGCUAUUGAGGAAGAAAGGACUCGAGAUCAGAACCUCGACAUUGAGGGUUUGAAUCGGGCGGGUGUCAAAUACGAGUUUCCCACUCCGCUAGUGGAGUCCAAACGCGUGUACAGUAACUAGGACAAAUGCUUUCCUUACGCC